AGCAGUUUACUAAAAAGCAACCCAUCUCUAUUCUUCGGUAUUGGCAACACUGGAGAGAAGAGAAAGAGAAGUAGUUCUGUGGAGAAGUACACAAGUCAAAAAUUGAGAUAUAUUUUAUCAUGGUGAGAACUCGAGAAAGAAGUAGGACUCCGGAGAGAAAACGAAGACGAUCCAGAUCCAAAAGCAAAGAGAGAGCAAAACCCUCCAGAAAUAGGAGAAGCAGAUCUAGAGAUAGGGAAAGAGAGACCAGGCGUAGAAGUAGGUCCAGGUCUAGAGAUAGAAGAGACCGUGAAAGACUACCCGAUAGUAGAGAUAGGGAUCGUGAUAGAGAUAGAAGAGAAAAAGACAGAAGAAAUGAAAGCACUAAGUCUUCUCGAAGAAAAUCAAGAUCUCGUUCAAGAGAAAAGAUAAAAACUGAAGAUAGUGGGCUAUCAUUUGACCCAGCAAAUCUUGAUAAAGAAGAAGAACAAAAGAAAUUAGAAAUGGAGAUGGUAAAAAGAAGAGAACGAAUAGAGAGAUGGAGAGCUGAAAGGAAAAAGAAGGAACAGGAAACCAUAAAGAAGGAAAAAGAUAGUAGUAGUAACAGUAAUCCAGUUGCUAUAAGUAACAAGACAUGGUCCCUAGAAGAUGAUUCUGAAGAUGAAGAUAAAAUGGAUAAAACUGAUAUUAAGGAAGACAAAUUAAUAAUGGAUGAACAAACAAUAACACCCCCCAUUGAGCUCAUUCAAGUAGAACCAAUAAUUAAAGAUGAAAUCAUAGCAAAAGAAAUAGUAGAAGAGGAAGAAGUAGAUUCACUCGAUGAAUUCAUGAAAGGUGUUCAAGCUGAAGUUAGAAAAAUAAAUAAAACAGAGUUAAAAAAACCUGGUGAAUCUUUACAGAAAAAAGGUUCUAUUGUCAUUGUGACUGGAGUUGCUAAAUCUGUAGGUAAUGUCAAGAAGGGCGAGCUGAUUGAACAGAAUCAAGAUGGUCUUGAAUAUUCUUCAGAAGAAGAACAAGAAGAUCUUAAAGAUACAGCUGCCAAUAUAGCAAAUAAACAAAAGAAAGAGCUUGCUAAAAUAGAUCACAAUAAUAUUAUAUACAUACCUUUUAGAAAGAACUUUUAUGUUGAAGUUCCAGAAAUAGCUAAAAUGACUCAUGAAGAGGUAGAAGCUUACAAAGAGGAGUUAGAAGGUAUCAGAGUUAAGGGCAAAGGAUGUCCCAAACCUAUAAAAACAUGGGCUCAAUGUGGAGUUUCUACCAAAGAAUUAAAUAUUCUUAAAAAACUAAAUUUUGAAAAACCUACUCCCAUUCAAGCCCAAGCAGUUCCCGCAAUUAUGUCUGGCAGAGAUUUAAUUGGUAUAGCAAAAACUGGAAGUGGGAAAACUUUAGCUUUUCUCUUACCAAUGUUCAGACAUAUUCUUGACCAACCUCCAUUAGAAGAUACUGAUGGUCCUAUUGCUAUUAUCAUGACACCAACUAGAGAGUUGUGCAUGCAAAUUGGCAAAGAUAUUAAAAAAUUCACAAAAAGUUUAAACUUACAUGCCGUGUGUGUCUAUGGUGGAACUGGAAUCUCUGAACAAAUAGCAGAAUUAAAGAGAGGAGCUGAAAUAAUAGUUUGUACUCCAGGUCGUAUGAUUGAUAUGUUAGCAGCAAAUAGUGGAAAAGUAACCAACCUGCGAAGAGUAACUUAUAUUGUAUUAGAUGAGGCUGAUCGAAUGUUUGAUAUGGGCUUUGAACCUCAAGUGAUGAGAAUAAUAGACAAUGUAAGACCUGAUCGACAAACAGUAAUGUUUAGUGCAACAUUCCCUAGACAGAUGGAAGCACUAGCAAGGCGUAUAUUACAGAAACCAAUAGAAGUACAAGUUGGUGGAAGAUCUGUAGUUUGCAAAGAUGUUGAACAGCAUAUAGUUAUUUUAGAAGAAGAUCAGAAGUUUUUAAAACUAUUAGAACUUCUUGGAAUCUACCAAGAACUUGGUAGCAUAAUUGUUUUUGUAGAUAAACAAGAAAAUGCGGAUAUUCUUCUCAAAGAAUUAAUGAAAGCAGCUUAUAACUGCAUGAGUUUACAUGGAGGUAUUGAUCAGUUUGAUAGAGAUUCGACCAUUGUUGAUUUCAAGAAUGGUAAAGUUAAACUACUUAUAGCAACAUCAGUAGCAGCUCGUGGUUUAGAUGUUAAACAAUUAAUACUUGUAGUAAACUAUGAUUGUCCAAACCACUAUGAAGAUUAUGUUCACAGAUGUGGUAGAACUGGUAGAGCAGGUAACAAAGGUUUUGCUUACACCUUCAUUACUUCAGAACAAGGUAGAUAUGCUGGAGACCUUUUAAAAGCCUUUGAAUUAGCUGCAAUAGCUGUACCUGAAAGUUUAAGAAGCCUGUGGGAAAGUUACAAAGCUAAACAAGAAUCUGAAGGAAAGAAAGUUCAUACAGGUGGUGGAUUUAGUGGUAAAGGUUUCAAAUUCGAUGAAUCAGAAGCUGCAGCUGUUAAUGAAAAGAAGAAAUUCCAGAAAGCUGCACUUGGUCUUGCUGACAGUGAUGAUGAAGAUUUAGAACAUGACAUUGACCAACAAAUAGAAAGCAUGUUUGCUACUAAGAGAAUUGUUAAGGAAAUCAAAGCUCCAAUUGGUAUUAUUAACACAGCUGCCCUAUCUGCUUCAGGUGGGGUAACAGCUGUGGAUAAAUUAGAAUUAGCUAAGAGACUUGCUUCAAAAAUUAACUUAACAAAGAGUGCUACAUUGGAUACAAAAUUUGCAACUCAGCAAGCUGCUGAAUCAAUUCUCAAAGGAAGUGGACCACAACCAGCUAUUACAGCUAAGACUGUAGCUGAGCAACUUGCUGCUAAGCUUAACACAAAACUUAAUUAUCAACCAAAAGAUGAUGACGAUGAUGAUAGGAACUUAGAUGAUGAACAAACUUUCAAAAAAUAUGAAGAAGAACUUGAAAUUAACGACUUUCCUCAACAGGCUAGAUGGAGAGUUACUUCAAAAGAAGCAUUGGCUCAAAUUUCUGAAUAUUCAGAAGCUGGUAUUACCGUCAGAGGUACCUAUGUCCCAACUGGUAAAAAUCCACCAGAAGGUGAAAGAAAGUUAUACUUGGCUAUUGAAAGUACUUCCGAUAUGGCUGUAAGCAAAGCAAAGGCCGAAAUUACAAGGUUAAUCAAAGAAGAACUUCUUAAGUUACAAACUGCAGGUCACCAUACAUUUAACAAAGCUCGAUAUAAGGUUAUUUAGUUAGUUUUUAGUUAUUUGUAUUUCAUAAUCGUA